AUAUACUUAAAUCUUCUAGUUAAAUAAAACUAAGAAAACAAAGACAACUUUACAAGUCUUGAAAAUUCCACGCUGUGGAAUCUAUUCCUUGCAGUUUCCUUUAGAAAAAAAAUAAAUAAAAAUGAACCAGUAAUUCUCUUCAUUUCCAGUACCACACUUUCAUUUCCUCCACAUCAAGUGAAGAAUAAAUAGGAAACAACAAACAAAUUUCAUAAAAAAAAAUAAUACAAUUUCUCAAGCAUCAUCAUAAUUCAUAAUAAUAAGACACUGUAAAAUGUUCGAUCAAAAGGCUGAGAUUGAAUCUCAAGAUAUGAUUGAAGCAGAUGAAUCUGUUUCUAGUCAUCAAGAAAACAGAGGAAAAUUUGAAUCUAAGAAGAAAAUGAAGAAAGUGAGGUCAAUGAAGCUUCAAAGAUUGUCAAGCAGAGGAAGAAAAUCACAACAUGAUCACAAAUUUUCCAUCCUUUCAUCUGUUGGUACAGUUGAAGUGGCAGAUGCAUCACCUAAUUACAUGAAGGGCACUAGUAGUAGUAGUUCACAUGCAAAGGAUAGUUUUCAGAUUGCAGAAAACGUUAUCACAAACAAGAAGUUAACAAGAGUGACUACUUUGAAGGUGAAGAGAAGUUUGACUAGAAAGUUAUCUGGAAGGACUGAGCAAAACAGGAAACUGAAAUCAUCAAGAUCAAUCAAGCUUGCAUCUGUCAAGGGACCUAAAUCAACAACAAUGUUAUAUUCUGAUUCUGAAUCCGUUCAUGGCAGUGAUGGAAAGAAUAAGAGUAGUACAAGUGAUGCUGGUAACAAGUCUCAGAGAGUUAUUACUAGAAGAUUAAGUUUGAAGCCUGUGAGGAUCUCGUCAAAAAAACCAAGUUUGCAUAAAGCCACAUGUUCUUCCACUAUCAAGGAUUCACAUUUUUCUGAUCAGAUUGACAUUCCACAAGAGGGAAGUAGUUCUCUAGGCUUAUCAGCAGUUAGGGUUUGUCCAUAUACUUACUGCUCUCUUCAUGGCCAUCGCCACGGUGAUUUGCCUCCACUGAAGCGCUUUGUGUCGAUGAGGAGACAUCAGAUUAAGACACAAAAGUCUGUGAAAAAGGAUGGAAGAUCAAAGCAAAUUGGUAAUGCAAGGAAAGCCACUCAGAAAACCAAAACUGUUCAAAGUGUAGAUGGAAACUCUCACUUUCACAAUGUGAAAAAUCUGGCAACGGAUUCGUCGCCUUUUAAAUCCCGUGAUACUCCACCGUCCACAGUUAAUGAAGGUGACACUUCAACCAAAGGCAAAAAUAUGGAGCCAGAUUUUGAAGUAUUGCAGAAGAGUUUUGGACAAGAAGAGCCUAAAACUGGUAGUACUGCUAGUGCGUCAUAUGGAGUGCAGGAAAGAGAUCAGAAAUAUAUAAAAAAGUGGCAUUUGAUGUAUAAGCAUGCAGUGUUAAGUAACACGGGGAAAUGUGAAUAUAAGGUUCCCUUUGUUGAGAAGGACAAAAAUAGUUAUAGUGAAACAGAUUCGGAUAUGGAUGAUGAAAAGAAGAAUGUAAUUGAGCUGGUGCAGAAAGCAUUUGACGAAAUUCUUCUCCCUGAAGCUGAAAACCUUUCCUCUGAUGAUCAUUCAAAAUCAAGAGGCAAUGAAACAGAUGAGGUGCUCUUAGACAAGUGUGAAGGUAAGAUUGAAGAAAGGAAUGCCACAACUUUCGCGGAAUCUCCUAAAGAAUUGCAGAAGAUGGAGAGCAAACCAAAAAGCUGGAGCCAUCUGAAAAAGGUAAUCCUCUUGAAAAGGUUUGUAAAGGCAUUAGAGAAGGUCAGAAACAUCAACCCAAGACCAAGACAAUUUCCUUCUGAUGCGAACUUCGAGGCAGAAACAGUUUUGCUUAACCGACAAACAGCCGAAGAGAGGAAAAAAUCGGAGGAGUGGAUGCUUGACUAUGCAAUUCAAAAGGUUAUUUCUAAACUCGCACCUGUUCAAAGACAAAAAGUGACGCUUUUAAUAGAAGCUUUUGAAACAAUUCGACCAUUUCACGAUGCUGACAAUGGACCUCGGUCUACUGUGACAGUGGAAUCUCAAGAAAAUCCAAUUCAAUCAGUUGAUGCUUCCUCAAAUCAUAGCAAGGGAGAAAUAAAUGAAGGAAGAGAUUGUGAGGAAACUGAGGGAGCAAGGAAUGACAAGAAUGUGACUGCAUGUGAGAAAAAUGAUGAAAAUGCUACUAUGGAAUCAACAUCAGCACAUGUAGUCAAGUUUCCUGUUUUCAAUGAAGCGAUAUUGGAGGAGGAAGUAACAAUCAAAACUGAAAAUAUGGAGCCAGAUCAUAAAGUGCCGGAGAAUAUUUUUGUGCAGGAAGAGCCUAAGCAUGGUAGUAGUAGUAGCAGUACUACUGGUGUGCCAUAUGGAGUGAAGGAAGGAGAUCAGAAAUAUAUAAAAAAGUGGCAUUUGAUGUAUAAACAUGCAGUAUUAAGUAACACAGGAAAAUGCAAAAGUGAGCUUCCGUUUGUUGGGAAGGACAAUGAAGGUAGAGAGGAAGAUGAUAUUACGUUCAAUGGAGGAAAAAGCUCUUGUCACUAUUAUAGUGAAACAGAUUCGGAUAUGGAUGAUGAAAAGAAGAAUGUAAUUGAGCUUGUGCAAAAAGCAUUUGAUGAAAUUCUUCUCCCUGAAGCUGAAGACCUCACUUGUGACGGCCAUUCAAAAUCAAGAAGUUAUGGGUCAGAAGAAGUACUCUUAGAAAAGAGUGAAGGUAAAGAAGAAGAAGAAAUGAAUACCACAACUUUCACAGAAUCUCCUAAAGAAUCACAGAAGAUGGAGAACAAACCGAAAAGCUGGAGUCAUCUGAAAAAGUUAAUCCUCUUGAAAAGGUUUGUAAAGGCAUUAGAUAAGGUCAGAAACAUCAACCCAAGAAGACCAAGACAGUUGCCUUCAGAUGCCAACUUUGAAGCAGAAAAAGUUUUGCUUAACCGACAAUCAGUGGAAGAGAGGAAAAAAUCGGAGGAGUGGAUGCUUGACUAUGCACUUCAAAAGGUUAUUUCUAAAUUAGCACCUGCUCAAAGACAAAAGGUGACACUUCUAAUCGAAGCUUUUGAAACAAUUCGACCAUUUCAAGAUGCUGAAUAUGGACCUCGGUCUACUGUGGUAGUGAAAUCUCAAGAAAAUCCGAUUCAAUCAUUUGAUGCUUCCUCAAAUCAUAGCAAGGAAGAAAUAAAGGAUGGAAGAGAUUUUGAGGUAACUGAGAGAGCAAGGAAUGACAAGAAUAUGACUGCAUGUAAUGAAAAUAAGGAAAGUGCUGCUGUCGAAUCAACAUCAACAGAUGUAGUCAAGUUUCCUGUUUUCAGUGUGGGGAUAUCGGAGGAGGAAGUAACAACCAAGGGCGAAAAUUUGGAGCCAGAUCAUAAAGUGCCGCAGAAGAUUUUUGUGCAGGAAGAGCCUAAACAUGGUAGUAGUAAUACUGGUGUGCCAUAUGGAGGUCAGGAAGGAGAUCAGAAAUAUAUAAAAAAGUGGCAUUUGAUGUAUAAGCAUGCGGUAUUAAGUAACACGGGAAACUGUGAAAAUGAGCCUCCGUUUGUUGGGAAGGACAAUGAAGGUAGAGAGGAAGAUGAUGUCGCGUUCAAUCAUAGUGAAACAGAUUCAGAUAUGGAUGAUGAAAAGAAGAAUGUAAUUGAGCUCGUGCAAAAAGCAUUUGAUGAAAUUCUUUUCCCUGAAGCUGAAGACCUCUCUUCUGAUGAUCAUUCUGAAUCUAGAAGCUAUGGCUCAGAAGAUGUACUCUUAGAAAAGAAUGAAGGUAAAGAAGAAGAAAGAAAUACCACAACUUUCACCGAAUCUCCUAAAGAAUCACAGAAGAUGGAGAACAAACCGAAAAGCUGGAGCUAUCUGAAAAAGGUAAUCCUCUUGAAAAGGUUUGUAAAGGCAUUAGAUAAGGUAAGAAACAUCAAUCCAAGAAGACCAAGACAAUUGCCUUCAGAUGCCACCUUUGAAGCGGAGAAAGUUUUUCUUAAUCGCCAAACAGCGGAAGAGAGGAAAAAAUCGGAGGAGUGGAUGCUUGACUACGCACUUCAAAAGGUUAUUUCUAAACUAGCACCUGCUCAGAGACAAAGGGUGAGACUUCUAAUAGAAGCUUUUGAAACAAUUCGUCCAUUUCAAGAUGCUGAAAAAGGACCGCAGUCUUCCCUGAUAGUGGAAUCUCAGGAAAAUCCAAUUCAAUCAGUUGACGCCUCUUCAAAUCAUAGAAAGGAUGAAGUAAACGACGGAAGAGAUUCUGUUUACUUGGCUAAGUCGUUGCAUGAACUUUGCAAUCCUAUUAAACCAGUGGAAACUAUAAGCAGUUGUAAUGAGGAGGCUCCAACGAAUGGAAUAGUCGAGGAAGUUCCAGAAGAUUUGGUAUCAGAUUUGAAUGCAGAAAAUCGAAGUAUCAAAUCUGAGUCACCUGGGAGAUAUUGUGAAACCAAGAAUGUCAUUGGUGAUAAUAGUGAACAAUUUUCUUUGAAAAAAAGCUUAAUCCUAAAUGGUCUUGUCAGAUCACUUAAAGCUAAUUUGGUUGUUCCAGAAGCACCGUCAAACCAAUUAGACGAACCGACAAGAGACAGAAAAGAUAUGAUUGAAAAAGAUCAACUGGAAACAUCCGAAGCUCCUACUAGUGCUGUUGUAGAAUCUGAGACACAGGUAGAGAAACAAGGCAACAAAGGAUUGUGGUUCAUGGUGUAUAAGCACAUGGUAUCAGAUAUGACUGAAAACAAUUCCAAGACAUUAACUGAUGUAGCAGAUGAGAAAGAGUCAAAGUAUGAAGGCAGCAUAACAAGAGAAAAUUCUGUCUCUGAUGAAAGUACACCUGUGAUUAAUCAAGAUAUGCACCUCAAGGAUCGUGAUGUUGAACUUCGACAGAUCGAAGCCAUUAAGAUGGUAGAAGAAGCAAUUGAUUCAAUCCUUCCAGACAGACAGCCACUUACUGACAACAACACAAUUGAUGAAAUGAUGGAAUAUGGAAAUGGAAUAGCCGUGGAACAAAAAGAAGAAUCAAUAUCGAAGGAGGGAAACAAACCAAGCCAGAAAUUGUCUAGAAAUUGGAGCAAUCUUAAAAAAGUGGUACUGCUUAGGAGAUUUAUCAAGGCAUUGGAAAAAGUAAGGAAGUUCAACCCAAGAGAGCCUAGAUAUCUACCAUUAGAAGCUGAUUCAGAAGAUGAAAAAGUUCAACUGAGGCAUCAAGAUACGGCAGAGAGAAAAGGCACAGAAGAAUGGAUGCUUGAUUAUGCACUUAGACAGGUUGUUUCCAAAUUAACUCCAGCUAGGAAGAGAAAGGUGGAGCUUCUAGUAGAAGCUUUCGAGACCGUAAAAAAUUGAAAAUAAAUACAAGAAUAGCUUUGUAUGCAAAAAGCCUUCAUGCCAAUUCCAAACAAGCUGAAAGGUCAACAAGGAAAUCUAUUUGAUCACAUUCCUUUGAGAUGAUUCUGCAGUUUAUUUAUUGUUGUGACAACAUUGUUUGAGGCCACUGAUAUGUCAAUAUGUACCUUAGAAAGCAAAUAUAGAUGAUAUUGAAUGUUGUGUGUCAGUAUGUACCUUAUAGGUGUAUUUUAUUUGGGGAAGAAGAUAUUGUAUUGCAUAUUAUUGUUCAUUGUCUUCUGACUGUAAAAAUUUCUCAGACAUACAUACACAAAUGAAGUGAAAAGCAUUGAGUGAUUGAUUUCUUUGCUUGUUUUGAUCAUCACACUGAAUUAUUUACAUGAAUUAUGCUAUGUAAA